AGAGAAGGAGAGGAAGGUUGGGAAAGUAAAAGAAGGUAGAAGAGGGAAGAGUGUUAAAAAGGGUGGUGGUGACUGGGCAAGCCCGACUAAUUGUAUAUAACUGUACAUUGGAUGAAUUAUUUGAUAUGAUUGUAAAAAUAAAACUUUUUAUAAAAAAAAAAAUGUACUUUGCGAUUGUGGUAAACAUGUUUGUGUAACCCCCUGAUCUGGUAUCGGUUCCCCAAUAUACUAUUCUUGGAAUUGUAACCAUAUAUGGAAUGUAACAUGCUGAGACAAUGUAUUUGCAGCCUGCACGUAGCAAUAAGGUAUAUAAAGCCUUGCUGGAAAUCCCCUGACUUGUUCAGACCAACAGCUUUGUUCUGUAUCUUGAACCUGCGCAUAUAUAAUAAACCCUUCCUUCCCAGAGGAGCUGGCUUGUGUCUCGUCUUUCUACAACAGCUUCCGUGGCGACCCAGAUGGGACACUAAGCGAGACGACAUCUCGUUGAGGGCGGCUUGACCCCUCGGACCCUCCCAGGGGCCACUCCUGAACAUUCUCCAGGCGCCACGGGGGUGAGUCCUCCGGGAGACGGUAGUGACACCUCGGCGGGGUCGACGGUGUUGAUAGCCAGUCCAAGAACUCUUGCGGGAAGGAACGGAGGUCUGAACCGAAUCCUGGCCAGGACGUGUGUGUGUGAAGACGCCGCAGGCGAGUAUAUGUAAACUGUUUGUGUACCUAUCUCAUUUGAAGAUAGAAGAGGGGGCCCGAUCACCCCCCUGGACUCGGGACGGCUGUCCUAAAGAAGUCCUGUUAGGCUGUGUGGGUGGUUAAGUCAUCGCAGUUCCAGUUAGUGACCGUCGGAACGUCCGGCACUACUGGUCGGUGGCAGUGUUGUUAGGAUGGGUGGAGGUAGUAGCACGCCAAGCACACCUUUGGCAUGUAUGUUGAAAGGGUUUGAUAAUUACUUUAACAAAGCGAAGUACAGGGUUCCCUACCCCCCAGCAACGAGGGAACGCUUGCAAUACUUAUGUCAACAAAUAGGGCCACACAUGGGAGUGGGUUGGCCACCAGAAGGCACGUUUAAGGAUCAGAUCAUAGGAGACCUCUUUGCCCUUGUAGCGGCCAAUGAGGAACAAUAUCCGAAUCAAUACCAAUACAUAGAUCAGUGGCAAACUGCCGUGGACGAACAGGCUGAUGAUUUGUUGCAGUGUCAGGCCGAGAUGGUCCGCUUGUGUGUAGCUCGGCCGAAGGGGAAAGGAAAAGGGAAAAAGCUGAACAUGGUCACUAAGAGGGUGAAGGAUGUAAAAGUGUCUGAGACUAAAGUGUCGGAUACUAAGAAAGAGAUGUUGAUUCAGGAGGAAGAGACAAUCUUGAGACCCCCGCCGUAUGCACCCCAACCACCGGCCCCGGGAGCACCCCCCCUGCUCCCGCAGGCGGCUGCCGGGGACGGGGACGAGAAUGAUGAAGCCGGGGGCAGUGAGGUGGCUGACCCAGGCGCCAAACCAAAAACAAAAAGGCGACCCAAAAAGGGAAAAGCCGCCAGAACGGCAAAGGUAGAGGAGGAAGUUACAGACAGUGAGGAAGAGGAUGAUGAAGGCGAAGGUGGUAUAGAGAUUGAAGUUGGGGUAAUGACAAGGGCAAGGGCCGCCAAAGCAGAAGCCGUGGCAGCCGAAGCCCAGGAUGAGUUUAUGGCUCCAUUGAGGCAGAUGGACCAGCAAGUGGUAAACCCGCAGGGUGUGGUAGAAUAUCGACCAUGCUUCCAAUAUAUUCCUUUCUCAACAACUGACCUUUUGAACUGGAAACAGCAUUAUGGGCCAUUGACCACUAAACCCACAGAGAUGGCCGACCUGUUUCAAACCAUAAUGCAAACCCAUAACCCCAAUUGGUAGGAUGUGCAGCAGCUGUUAAACACGCUGCUGACACCAGAAGAAAGGGAAAAGUGGAAAGCAGCAGUUAGAACUUGCCUUAGAGAACGGUUUCCCAACGUGGCAGAUCUAGGGCAAGAGAUGGCGGCUAGGGCUCCUGACCGUGACCCCGGUUGGGAUCCAAAGGAGGCAGACCAGAUGACGAGGCUGAGGGAAUAUCAGAAUCUGACUGUAGAAGCACUGAGAAAGGCAGGAAAACCUCCGGUCAAUAUGUCUAAGCCCUCCCUGAUAAUGCAGAAAGCGGAUGAAAGUCCUGAGAGUUUCUUACAAAGGUUGAUCGAGGCAUAUGAGCUGUAUACACAGGUUGACCCAAGGCAACCGGAGAAUGUGCGCAUGUUAAAUGAGAGGUUUAUAGCGCAGAGUUAUGACGACAACAGGAAAAAGUUGCAGAAACUAGAGGGAGCUCUAGGGAAGAAUACUACCAGAUAUCAGUCCUUUUGCUAAAAAUCUCUUUGUAGCAAUGGCAGUAAGGUGGGUUGCUAAAGUAACAUGAGAACCAAACAUACAGGCCUUCGGCCGUAGGCCCUAGAGACAUCUUUGGUCAAGCGAAAGAAAGGCCUUGUCAGCUGUAACAGAGAAGUAGCUUUCCCAAUAGACCGUAUACCCAUGUACCACCCAUAAAUGUGCUAAGCUCGGAUAACCACAUCCUGCUGUUUUGCAGAAAAUGUACUUUGCGAUCGUGGUAAACAUGUUUGUGUAACCCCCUGAUCUGGUAUCGGUUCCCCAAUAUACUAUUCCUGGAAUUGUAACCAUAUAUGGAAUGUAACUUGCUGAGACAAUGUAUUUGCAGCCUGCACGUAGCAAUAAGGUAUAUAAAGCCUUGCUGGAAAUCCCCUGACUUGUUCAGACCAACAGCUUUGUUCUGUAUCUUGAACCUGCGCAUAUAUAAUAAACCCUUCCUUCCCAGAGGAGCUGGCUUGUGUCUCGUCUUUCUACAACAGCAGGAGAUCUUGCUAAGACCCUUACUGUCAAGAACUGCUUUGUAUGUGGAGGUACCAACAUAGGUGAACAAUGGCCCUGGAAAGCAGCAGAGGCAGCCCCCACACUAUAUAAUAACAUGUUGGCAGCGGGCAAUAUGUUAAGUACAAAUACGAUUAAUAAAAUAAUAAUAAAUAUCUCAGCCAGACUCAAUAGACAGGACAUUAUUUGGACGUUAACAAUAACCUUGGUAGGAAACAAUUGUUUCACACAUAAUGGGUCAAAUGAAGUGGGAAAUCUGAUAUGCCUUGGUUCCUGGGAUGAAACCUAUACUGUCUGGCAGUCACCAGGAAACAGCUCGCAACCUGCUAAAUUUAAUGUAACCUUUUUAUCCUACCUUAAUGCGUCUGAUCCUAGUCAUGUGUGGAUAGCCCCGGAGAAUAUGUACUGGAUCUGUGGGAGGCUAGCAUAUGAGCAAUUGCCUUAUAAUUGGUCAGGCUCAUGUGUCCUAGGCUGGAUUAAACCGGCGUUUUUCCUUCUGCCCAUUCAAUCAAGACAGGUGCUAGGUGUACCAGUGUAUGAACACUUAGGGAAAAGAGAAAAAAGAGCCUCCUUCAAGUAUGAUACAGCCCAUCCCGACUCUGCAUUUGCAAACUUUCCAUGUAAAAAUCUAGCAGAAUAUGAAGCAAGACACCGACAGUGUACAGAUAUGGACUAAUGAAAGAAUUGUAUGUACCUAUGGCAGGGCAACUUGGGCCGAAGAUCGGUCUUGGGGCUAUCGUACCCCGGUCUAUUUACUCAACCGCCUCAUCAGACUGCAGGCAGUCCUUGAUAUGGCUGGGAACCGAACCAGACAGUUAUAGAGGUGCAAAUGACAGACUCAAUAAUUCCUCUGUAGAAGGAACCAAGAAGAACCAAGGAUAUAGGCCUCAAGCCCGAGGGACAUCUUUGGUCAAGCAAAAG